ACAGCAAACAGGCUGUCUGAAAAGGCAGGGCACAGACAAGACCCUUCAGAAAGGAGUGCAAGCCUAUAAAUUCCUGAAGGUCCAGAUGAGUGGAACUGCUCUCUGAGCUGCCAGGGACUGAGUUGAAACAGAACAAGAGAAAGUGUCUUGUCUAAGGAAUGAUGGAGCCAGGAGUGAGGGCUGCUCAGCAUCUAAGGCAAGUGCUGCUUUUUUUCAUUUUCCUGGAAGGGUCCUCAGUUCUUUCCGAGACCUGGAGCUAUUCUGUGGCAGAAGAAAUGGAGACUGGCUCCUCUAUAGCCAAUAUAAUUAAAGAUAUGGGUGUGGGUGACCUGGCUGCCCGGGGGGCCAGAGUUAUAUUUGAUGACUAUCAGCCUUAUUUGUGGUUAGAACUCGAGACUGGCAACUUGCUCUUGAAUGAAAAACUGGACAGGGAGGCACUCUGUGGUACCAGUGAACCCUGUAUACUGCAUUUCCAGGUGUUGUUGGAAAAUCCUUUGCAAUUCUUUCAGGCUGAGCUUUUGGUUGAAGACAUAAAUGACCAUUCUCCCACGUUCCUAGAGAAAGUCAUAUUUCUAAAUAUCUCAGAAGGUGCUACCCCAGGAACCUCAUUCCAAAUGGAUAGUGCUCAAGACUUAGAUGUAGGAAUAAAUGGUGUCCAAAACUAUACAAUAAGCCCCAACCCCUAUUUCUACCUUAAGUUAAAAGACAGUGGUAAAGGAAGAAAAUACCCAGAGCUGGUACUGGAUGGAUCUUUAGACAGAGAAAAGGAACCUUCAAUUAGCUUGAUACUAACAGCUGUGGAUGGUGGGUCGCUGCCCAGGUCAGCGACUGCACUGAUUCAAGUUGUGGUUGUGGAUGUCAAUGAUAACGCCCCUGAGUUUGAAAGAAUGCUGUAUGAGGUUCAAGUACCAGAGAACAGCCCUGUGGAAUCACUAGUAAUCAAGGUGUCUGCUACAGAUUUGGACACAGGGAUAAAUGGAGAAAUAUCUUAUUCAUUUCCUCGUGUCUCUAGAGAUGUAUGGGAAACAUUCAAAAUCCAUCCAAUUUCUGGUGAAGUCCAUUUGAAAGCACUCCUAGAUUUUGAGGUAAUUCAGUCUUACACAAUAAAUGUUCAAGCCAUUGAUGGUGGGAGUCUCUCUGGAAAAUCAGCCAUUAUUGUUCAAGUUAUAGACGUGAAUGACAACCCACCAGAAAUAGUCUUUACAUCACUUAUGAGCCCAAUCCCAGAAAACUGCUUGUCAGAGAUGGUCGUGGCUGUUUUCAGUGUACGAGACCAAGACUCAGGAGACAAUGGUAGAAUGAUGUGCUCAAUUCAAGACAACCUCCCUUUUCUCUUGAAACCUACUUUCAAAAAUUUCUACACUCUAGUAACAGAAAAUCCACUGGACAGAGAGAGCAGAGCUGAGUACAACAUCACCGUCACAGUCACUGACAAGGGCACACCCACGCUCACAACCCAGCAAACCAUAACAGUUCAGGUGGCUGAUGUCAACGACAACGUCCCCACCUUCACACAAACCUCCUACACCCUGUUUGUCCAGGAGAACAACAGCCCCACCCUGCACAUAGGCACCAUCAGCGCCACAGACUCAGACUCAGGCUCCAAUGCCCACAUCACCUACUCGCUGCUGCCCACCCAAGACCCGCAGCUGGCCCUCGACUCGCUCAUCUCCAUCAAUGCUGACAGCGGGCAGCUAUUUGCGCUCAGGGCGCUGGACUAUGAGGCCCUGCAGACCUUCGAGUUCCAUGUGGGCGCCACAGACCAAGGCUCUCCUGCACUCAGCAGCCAGGCACUGGUGCGGGUGCUGGUGCUGGACGCCAACGACAAUGACCCCUUCGUGCUCUACCCGCUGCAGAACGCCUCUGCACCCUGCACAGAGCUGCUGCCCAGGGCGGCAGAGCCAGGAUACCUGGUCACCAAGGUGGUGGCAGUGGACCGCGACUCUGGACAGAAUGCCUGGCUGUCCUUCCAGCUGAUCAAGGCCACGGAGCCCGGGCUGUUCAGCGUGUGGGCUCACAAUGGCGAGGUGCGCACCUCCAGGCUGCUGAGUGAGCGCGAUGCUCCCAAGCACAGGCUGCUGCUGCUGGUCAAGGACAAUGGUGAUCCUCCAAGGUCUGCCAGUGUCACUCUGCAUGUGCUGCUGGUGGAUGGCUUCUCUCAGCCCUACCUGCCUCUGCCAGAGGUGGCGCGCGAUCCUGUGCAUGAGGAGGAUGCGCUCACACUGUACCUGGUCAUUGCCUUGGCUUCUGUGUCUUCCAUCUUCCUCUUGUCUGUGCUGCUGUUCGUGGGGCUGAGGCUGUGCAGGAGGGCCAGGGCAGCUUCUCUGGGUGGCUGCUCUGUGCCUGAGGGACACUUUCCUGGACACCUGGUGGAUGUCAGCGGGGCAGGGACCCUGUCCCAGAGCUACCAGUAUGAGGUGUGUCUGACUGGAGUGUCGGAUACCAAAGAUUUUCAGUUCCUAAAGUUCAUGUCUCCCAACCAUGAAGUUGUGAAUUGCGGGGAAGAGAAUUCCACCUCUAUGAGUGGUUUUGGAUACAAUUAACAAUUUGUUGACUUUUCAGAUGGUUCUGGACGUAUGUUCAUUCUUUCUAAACAUUAUUGUUUUCCAUUGUUUUAUCUUCAUAAGGAAUUUCUAACGUUUUGUCUUUAUUUUUCUAGUUCAGGAGAUGGUAAAUCCCAUGCAUCCCCUUACAGGUUAGUCUCUUUAAAAACCACUUCUUGAUGAAGACAUAGAACUUUACUCAUUCCUUGAAAGUCACAGUGUUUCUUCAACUUGUCAGAUCCUCAACAUGAAUCCUUAUUGAUUUGAAAAUACUCACCUUCAUUUUAUUUGAUUGUUAUACAGAAACAUUUCCAAAAGAUUUGAAGUGUGAUACAGAUGUCAUGAAUUGCCAGUGUAUCUUCUGUAUAAUACUAUGCUUUCCUAUCUAGAAUAGAGUGUCUGAUAUGCAUGAGUUUUUUGUACAGCAGUAUUAAUUGGAAAGACAAUUCUCUGAAGUAUCAGGGCUUUUAUUGUCUUCAUAUGAACAUCCAGCAUGUAAUACAUAUGAAUAUUGUUAAAAUAUUUUUAGAUUAUCUCAAAAUUUGUAAAAUGCCAGCUCCCUCUUGUGACAUCUGGCUAGCCCACCUCACAUUUUCCGAAAAUCUCUCUCUUUACCAUAGGUAUGGGAUCAAAGCUUGAUUCUUUUCAUAUAGCUCGGGUCCCUCUAUGAUUUCAGACAAUUGGAUGAAGUGAUGGGAAUUGCUAUUCUAAGCUGAGCCAGUCUGAUCCUGUUUAUUUUUUAUUUUAUCUUAUUUUUUUGGUUUUUCAAG